CAUGGGCGUCCGCAAGGGGGGAGCAAGAUCGGGCAUUUGCCCUUCCCUUGAAAUAAACAAUUAAAAUUAAUCAUUCUUUCUUCCUUGAAAUAAAAAAAAGAUGCCAGAUUACAAACGCACAGCAUCUACUUUGUCGCGGUGAGAAAGCUUUUACUACUAAAAGGUGUAUAAAGUUUCAAGUAUAUUUUAAUUCUAAAAGUAAAAAAAAUUCCUGCGGACGCUCAUGCGUACAGUUAUGUAGAUUUAUUUUCGUUAGUUCGAUAAAAAAGAUUGAGAAAAAUUGUGCAACACUAAUAUAUAUUAAGACAUAUACGAAAAUGGAAUCUCAUUAAAGUCAUUGCUUUUUUCAUCGUAGCUACUUUCUGAUUAUCACAACUUUUGUAGAAUAUACUAUACAAUAAUAUACUAUAGUAAAAUAUUCUUAUCUUUAUACUGUACAAUACAAAUAUACUAUAGUAAAAUAUUCUUAUCUUGUAUUGGCGCAAAUUUCUGAUAUCAAGUUUUGUAAAUAUCCAUAACCAAGAAGCGCGUGUACUUGGCGCCCUUUUUAUACCUUUUUUUCAAAAAGGUAAGUUUAUAUGGAUAUUGUAACAACAUGAUAUCACAGAAUACAACAGUUAAACAUAUAUAUUUAAAAAUAUAUAUUUAAAAUAUAUAUUUAACAGUAUGCAUGUUUUAUGGUAACCUAAAAUUCUUGAAUACAAUUGUAUAUAAUAUGACAAAAAUGUAUAAUAAAAAUUGCAGAGGCAGACCAUUUGUGCAAUUGUACACAAGAUCAACAAGGCAAAAGGCUUGUUUAUAGAACAAGUAUAUGUUACUGCGUGGACUAAAGUGAAGAAGGUGAAGACGUGCUGCUUGGAAAAAUCAAUUGCGCGAAAUUCGGUCAAGAUAUCAUGACAUGACUGUUUUUCUGUGAGAAAUAUAUAUCCGUAGUACUUGGGUUGCGGAGUCAAAUCGAUUAAUCGCCCACUUUUCUCUCCCUCGCAAAUUGUGCGAAUAUUAUUUCUAUAGCAUUCUUAUUUCUGUAGCAUUGCAAUAGCAUAGAUAGAAUGUUCUGCAGCAAUUCUAUUAUAGCAUAUUCAUUGUAUCGUAGUUAAUAUUUGAUGUUACUACUAUGAGAUAAUACGUUAAUGAUAACUUGUAAGAAACAUUGUCUAAUUUUCAUAAAUUAAGGUAAAUUGUUCAAAUUAGGUAAUUUUCUUCGUAAGUAAUGUAUCUUAUGCUUAGAGAGAAAUAUUCUAAAAUAUUUCACUUAUUCUUCCGAAAAAGAUGUAUACAAAUUCCAGUCACUCAUCCUCAAAUGCAGUCGAAUGCUUGAAGAAGAAUGAUCUCUAUAGUUGAACAUUUUCGACUCCAUCGAACAUUGCUAUUGACCAUUGGCUUAUGGCCCUACAACCAAUCAAAAUUUGUUGAAUUACAAUUCUUACUGUCCUUUGCUGUUCCAAACAGUUUUAUUAUAUUUCAGCUUACAUCGUUUAUAACUUCUGAAUGUACUGUUGAUCUUAUUAUUAAAAUUCUGUCUACAAUAUCUUUUCUUCUUAUGUGCACAGUUCAUCACAUUUCUUUUGGGAUUAAUGCAUGUACUGUGAAGUGUUUCGUGGAGCGUCUCCAGCAUGUCUGUAAUGAUAUAAAAGAUGAAACUGAAAUCGCUAUAAUAGAAAAAUAUGGAAACAGCGCAGAAUACAUUACAAUUAUACUUACAUUGUUUACGGUGUGCUGCGGAAUUAUUAUGACUGCUUUGACAUUUUUGCCGUGGAUUCUUGGCACCUUUCUACUCGCAAAUGAAUCUCGACCACUUCACAAUAUACCAAUUGUAACUGAAUAUUUUGUUGAUAAAGAAAAAAAUGUUUAUUUAAUUUUGCUGCACACAUACGCAUCUAUUUACAUAGGAACGACUGCGUUGGUGGGAGGAGGAACGAUGCUAAUAGCAUACCUAAAACACAUUUGCGGACUGUUUAGCAUUGCAAGUUACCGUAUGGGGCAAACAAUACUGUUAAAUAUUCACGAAGAAGAUAAUCGAAGGAACGAGAUGGAGAUGAACAAGAAGUUACGACAUGCAGUGGAUAUUCAUCGUACAGCUAUUGAGUUGUCUGAAUUCUUUAUAUCUAGUUUCAAUGGAACAUUUUGUUGUCUAAUAGUGUUAGGCAAUAUUUGUUUAGCCCUUAAUCUCUAUCAAGUAUUACGAUCUGCAGUGCUUCUAGGUAACAUAGAAGAGGUUAUAUUACACCUUAUUUUCGCAAUUGCAAUGGUGCUAUAUGCUUUAUUGGCCAACUCUAUCGGUGAAGAAAUUAUAAAGCAGUAUAACAGCAUGUUUUCUAUGGCAUACAACAUUGAAUGGUAUACGGCUCCUAUAUGCGUACAAAGAUUGAUAUUAUUUCUGUUGCAAAGAAGUUGUAAAGCUUAUGGCCUCAAGAUAGCUGGUAUUUUUAUAGCAUCUUUAGAAGGUUUUAACACGAUAAUUGCUGCAGCGAUAUCUUAUUUUACUGUUAUAUAUUCUACACAGAAGUGAUACGACUAUCAAUCAUCUUCUAUAGUAUAUUGAGAAGAAAUGAAUAAGUUUACAGAUAAGUGAUAGAAACCGUUUUCAAAUAAUUUAUUGCGUAAAUUGAUUAGUUGCUUAAAAUUAUCACUUUCUUAAUAAUAUCUUUUAAUAUAAUAAUAGAGCUGAUAUAAAAUAAAAAACAAGUAGAAUGACGUUUGGGCAACUAAAAAAUAUUUAAUACCUUACAAAUUGAGGUCUGGUCGCAGAUUUAUUUAAUUCAGAAGGAUUACUUCUAUGAUCAAGUUCAAGUACUCACUUCGCGUGGCCAGUCGAAAACACAUGCGAAUCUAUUAAACUUCUUCUUUUCUAUCUUUUUAAUAAACAAUGAUCGCCGGUAAAACAUUCCGGUAGGUCACGCAAGAGGAUGACCUUUAUAAUACAUGUCAAGAUCAAGAUCAUCGACAUUGUGUCUUCUAAUCUAAAUAAUUAACGCGGAAUCUAUUAAAAAUUUAUAGUCGUUAUAGAAUUAGCAUUCUCACGAAUGUUAUUAAUUAAAUAGGUCAUCAUUAGGAUAUAAGAAAAUUGUAACUAUAUAAUAUCCUAUUUUAACAAUAUGAUAUCACAAAAUGUAACAGUUAAAUAUAUGUAUUUAAAAACA